AUGCACCUCACUCUCACCCUGGCCUUCCUCGCAAGCUCUGCCCUUGUGUCUGCAACCCUUGACCCAGCCCGGUCUAACACCAAAAACAAGUGCCCGAGCUUCUACAAAUGCGAUGCGACGAAAGUUUCUAACGCUAUCCAGGCUGCUGAGUGCUCGCACAACACCCGCACCUACGAGAAUCAGACCUUUGCGGUAUUCAUGACGGAUCAUCAGUACGACGGUAAUCACGGCUAUCCUUACGGCACCUGCUAUGCUUAUGUAUGCCUGGAGCCAACCCUGGACGAAAUGCUCGACAAUGAUGACUGCUGGACUUUUUUCUGGAAUGACAAGGGUAUAACUGACGGAUAUGGAACCGAUUGCAUCAAGGACCCUAAUACGAGCGAGCGAUCGUUUGCUGCACUUUCACUGCUUACUGGUGGCAUCUACAUAGGUGAUGAAACCAAUGGGAAUAUCGUGUCCCGCUCGCUACGUGUAUUUAUGACGGGGAGUCAAGUUGUUUGGGACCAUCGACUCCAUUUCAAAAGCACUGAACAAGAUGAUCCUGAAUACGCUUUCAAGCUGAAAAGUCUCAACCAGCGCAUCGCCCAGCGACUUCUUCACUUGUGCUUCCAAAACGGUGGAAUCUACACGAAAUUUGGCCAGCAAGUAGCCACAUUCAACCAUGGACUGCCUAUGGAGUACACGAAGACUUUGGCUCAGCUACAGGACAAGGCUAAACCAGUGUCGUUUGAGGAGGUCAGGCAGACCAUUGAGGUAGAGAUGGGACGACCCUGGCAGCAGAUCUUUAGAGAGUUGGACAAGACACCAAUUGCUUCUGCAUCAUUAGCUCAGGUACAUCAUGCAGUGGAUCACCAAGGACGUGACUUGGCUGUGAAAGUCCAGUACCAACAUUUGAAGUCGCAAAUGAAAGCGGAUAUCCAAGUCAUCAAAUGGGCCUUUCAGCUCAUCGAGUACUAUUUUCCUGACGUCCAGAUCCAAUGGCUCUUUCCUGAAUUCAAGAGUUCUCUCUUAUCGGAGCUGGAUUUCGAAAAUGAAAAGUACAACAGCCGGCGUAUUGCAGAUUUGUUUAAGCACAACAAUAGCGUCCACGUGCCUAUCGUGUACGACGAGCUAAGCACGAAGAGAAUGAUGUCGAUGGAGUUCAUCAGUGCACCGAAGAUUUCGGAAAUUGAUGCCAUCCGAAAACUUGGCCUUGAUCCGCCUGAAGUUGCGCGUUCGCUGUGUGAAGUGUUCAGCGAAAUGGUGUUUUGUCACGGUUUUGUCCACUGCGAUCCACAUGCGGGUAACAUCUUCGUACGUCGCAAUCCUGACCCUCUAGUCAAGCGUAAAGAACAGCUCGUCUUGCUUGACCAUGGACUAUACCGCGAGCUGGACACUGAAUUUCGCAAAACAUAUUGCGACCUAUGGAGAGCAAUGCUAAUGCGCGAUAGUGUUUUUUUGGACGAAUGUGGCAAGAAAUUGAACGUUGGAGAACUUGCCAAGUACUUACCAUUACUGUUUACGUACCGGACGAUGGAUCACAAGGGACGCCUGGACAUGGCAAUGAGUGAGUCUGAGCGCAAGAAACUUUCUGAUGACCUCAAAAGUAUGCGUUUUUCGAAUGUAACCGACUUUUUAGAGCAACUUCCGAGGGAUAUGCUGUUUGUCUUUCGGACAAACAACAUGAUUCGGGGUCUGAAUAAAGACUUGGGAGGAACAACCAGGGAGCGCUUUUCGAUCAUGGGAAAUUAUGCCGUGAGCGGGCACUCCACCUUUCACUCAGCUUCUGCUGAAGCAGGGUACGGUGGAAUACGGGCAUCGCUGGGCUAUUGGUGGGAUCAUUUCCACUUGGUCUUGCGUUUCCACGUGAUUGACUAUCUAAUGGCUGCUAUCCAGUAUGCCAAGGGAGGGGAGCCCACCGCUAAAAUCAAAUCCGUGGACUAA